AUGAAAGUAAACAAGUAUUUUUGGAGAAUUUUGUUUUAACUAUUUCUAGCAACACAAUUAUUGUGUUUAUGUAGAGGAUAAGUUUGGUAAACUAUUUCUUAGUAUUUUUAUGAUAUCCCUAAGGCAGAUUAAGCUUCUUUUGACAGUGAUAGAGCUAAUUGGGAGUAGACAGGAGAUUAUGGCAAAUAAGUUUCAGGUUUUCCAGAUAAUGGAGUUUAUCUCUAUCUAGGACAGCUUAAAGUAUCAAACUCUGCCAUGCUCAGAGUGAAUAAUAUUAUUCCUCAUACUUAACUAUCAAUAACUUUUUUGUACUAAGCCUCAGGAGUUCCCUUUACUAUUAAUUUAUUUGUUACCACAGAUUCUACCGUUCAAAAUUUUAGUUUAACAUCUGUUAAUGGUAAUGACUAAGCUUUCAACAUAAAUACUGCACAAACUUAUCCUCAUACAGCAGAUCAUGUAGAAAUCUUAAUUACAGGUUCAGGCUAUUCUUCUGAUGCUUCUGUUGUAAAUAAUCAAUUAUUUUCAUUCAGAAGGUUUGUACUUAAAAUAAAUGUUUGUCAUCCCUCUUGUGCAUCUUGUAAUGGAAGCUUAAUAAAUAAUUGUUUAAGUUGUUAUUCUAAUUCGUUUUCAUUAUAAUCUGGUAUGUGCUUAUGUAGCUCAUCAUCUUACAUGAUUAUCAACAAUCCAUGUACAUCUAUACCUUGUUCUUCAUGCGCUCCUUGUCAUGCUAACUGUCUUACCUGCUUUCAAUCUGGUACUCAAGGCUGUCUUUCUUGCUCUCCAGAUAAAUAUUUUUACAACAACUAAUGCUUUAUUUAAUGUUAACCAGGAACAUAUUAAGACGAAUUAAAUAAAAUAUGUGGCGACUGUUUUCCUGGUUGUGCAACUUGCACUGGGCCUGGAAAUCAAUAAUGCCAAAGCUGUACUUAACCAGCGAGUGGCAAAGUAUAUUUGGAUGUAGAUUAAUGUGUAAAUACUUGCCCAAUUGGAAAAUAUCCAGACGAUGGUUAAUUAAAGUGUAUUAACUGUGAUUCAACUUGUUAUUAAUGCGAUAGUGGUUCACCUACAAGUUGUACAGAUUGUAAAAACCCUUAUUUUUAUUUGAUCGCAUCAAAAACAUGUGUUAAAAUUUGCCCAGAUUAAUUUUACGCCAACACUGCUAACUAAUAAUGCAAUAAUUGCGACUAACAUUGCGGAAAUUGUGUUAACAGUCCUACAAACUGUACCUCUUGUGGCCCAACUGUAGUUAAUAAUCAAUAAUAUUUGCAAGGGAAUGUAUGUGUUUAAGCAGCAUAAUGUAAUACUUCAACUUUUGCAGACAAUGUUUCGUUUACUUGUAAACCAUGCCAUCCUUCUUGCUAUAACUGUAGUGGAUCAUUAAUUGAUUAGUGCACUUAAUGUGACAUUUCAAAGAAUAAUUAUCUAUAGGAUGGAAAAACUUGUGUUUAAACUUGCAAACCUGGUACUUAUAAAGAUAAUUCUACACCUGCAAAUCCUGUAUGUUCUCUGUGCGACGGAUCUUGUUUAACAUGUUCCACAUCUGGCCCUACUAAUUGCUUAUCUUGUCCUCCUAGCAAUUACUUGCAAUACAUUCCUAUAUCUGGGCCUACAGGAAAAUGCGUUAUAUAAUGUGAUAGCCAUUAUUAUCAUGAUAGUAACUCUAUAUGUUAGUAAUGCCAUACUACAUGCGGAGAAUGUACUGGUAAUUUAUUAAAUUAAUGUAAAACAUGUACAGGAAUGAAUAACUUAACAAAUUAAAAUACUUGCGUGAUAACUUGUCCAGAUGGAUUUUACGGAGACUCAAAUAUAUGUAAAAGCUGUAAUUUAACUAAUUGCAAAACAUGUAUAACUUCUGAUUCUAACUGUACCUCAUGUAAUAAUUCUUUGUAUUUGAAUGACAAUACUUGUGUAGCAAGCUGUCCUCCUGAUAGAUACACUUCUAACACUGAUAUGAAAUGCUAUAAGUGUUUUGCAAAUUGUUUGACAUGUUCUGGAAUAGCAUAUAAUUAAUGCAUAACAUGCUAACCAACUAAAAAAUAUUUUGCUAAAAACUCCUUAGAUAAUUACGGUUAGUGUACUGAUGAUUGCAGUACAUUGUCAUUAAUACGUUUUGAUGGGCCAAUAUAUUAGGACUCUAUCCCAUAGCAGUUUUUAUGUCUAGCAAUUUGCCCUCCUUAUUACUUUAAGGAUACUUCUAAUCCUAGUUCUCCAACUUGUACUAGAUGUGAUUCAACAUGUUUAAAUUGCUCUGAUACAACAAAAACUGGAUGUACUAAAUGUUAUAGCCCAUUAUAUUUGCUAAAUGGCUCGUGUGAUUUUUGCCCGAAUGGUAUGUACGGAACAGUAUAGCCAUCAGGUGAUAGAGUAUGCUAGUCUUGUAAUACGAAAUGUUAAGCAUGCUUUGGACCUGCUAUUGAUAAUUGUACUUCGUGUCCAGCAAAACAGUAUUUGACAGCUAGUAAUAGCUGUGUUACUGAUUGUCCAAGAAAUACUUACGCAUAUAAUAACAAAUGUAUUUAAACUUGCCCAAUAGGAUUAUAUGGACAAGAUUAUCCUAAAAGUAUAUGCACCAAUUGCGAUAAUAGUUGUGCAGUAUGUUUUAAUUAAGGAAACAAUAAUUGUAAUAGCUGUAAACCAAGUUUUUUUUUAUAUGGCACAAGUUGUUUAUCAACAUGCGUUGAUGGAACUUGGCCUAAUCCGGUUUCCUCGACAGUGCUUGAGCCAGUAUGCAGUCCUUGUGAUUCUUCAUGUUAAACAUGCGUAGGGCCAUAAACAACAGAUUGUACAUCUUGCAGAACAGGGAGGUAUUUAUUUAACAAUUAAUGUGUUUAGAAGUGUCCUGAUAGCUUAUUUGGGUAGUAAAAGAAUUCUUUGAAUAAAUGUGUUCCCAGUUGUGACUCUGAUUAAUUUUAAAAUGUCGUUUCAAACACUUGUUAAAUAUGUUCAUCCGAAUGCAAUGGAUGUGUAGGUCCUACUUUCAAAUUUUGUUUAACUUGUGCUACUGGCUUUAUUAGAUUUUAAGAUAUGUGUGUAUCAUCUUGUCCUGAUGGUUUUUGGAUGAAUAAUUAAACUAAAACAUGUGACCCCUGUUCCGAUUAAUGUAUUAAAUGCUAGUAAGAUCAAACCCACGUGUGCCUAAAAUGCUAAAUUGGUUAUUUCUUAUAUGAAGGAGCAUGUAUUUCUAAGUGUCCAGAUUUAUUAUAGCCAAACAUUGAAAAAUAAAUAUGCGAAGCUUGCCCAAAUAAAACAUACACACUCUACGAUUCAAAGAAACAAUAAAUUUAAUGCAUAAAUUGCCAUUAUAGCUGUUCUUCAUGUUAAGGCCCUAAUCAAAAUUAGUGUACUCUAUGUGAAGCAACAAGAGGGGAAACAGGUUCACUGCCAGAAUAAGGAUAUUGCUUUUGUUAAUCAAACUACAUUGAUAAGUUAGAAGAAACAUGCUAUUAAAAAGAUUAGGUAAUUAAUUUUGCUUAUGGUAGUUAAACGCUAAGCUUUUUUAUUUCUACAAUCGCUUCUGGAAUUGUAGGAAUUUUUGGAAAUCCUACUAUGCUAUUUUCAUUUAUUGAAGUAUGCUAAUAAUUGUCUUAUUUACAGUAUAUGAAUACUACUUAUCCUUACAGUUUUGAUGAUUUUAGUAGGAAAUUUUAUGGAUACAACAUAAAUAAUUUAAUUGUAAAUCCACUAAGCAAGGUUAAUCUUGGUGGCACUUAGUCAAGUCAAUCAAGUUAGUCUGGCUAGCGUACUUUGAUUUAAGAAAUUAUAGAUAUUAGUUAACAAAAUCAAAGCAACAAUGCUUAUCUCAAUGACUAAAAAGCAAGCGACAAAUUCUAUUUCAAUGAUAAAACUUCUUCAUUUUUGUUUAAUUCUUUCACAAUUUUGAUAAUAGUUGUAUUCUUUUGGUUAGUUGCACUAAUUUUUAGAUUCUGUAGAUAUGUUUACAGAAAAGUUCAUUACAAAUCAACUGAUGAUUAAAUUGCAAACAAAAAAAAAAAAUUUACUGUAGGAAAUAAGAUUUCAGCUGCACUUACUGUUGGUUUACCAUUCAUUAUUUUUUAAAUCACUUCUUUAGAAUUUAUUCUAUAUUCUCUGCUACAAUACUAAAAUAUGAAUGACAACACUCUUUUUAACUUUAUCUCCUUCUGUGUUUGCAUUGUUGGGACAAUAUACUUUUUGCUUAUGGUUUACUACAUCUACUAUGUACUUAAUAUAAUGAAAAAACAUAGAAAACAAAAUUAUUAUUCGAAAUGGUCUUUCCUAUGGCAUUAAGUAAGCUUUUAAGAAAGUAAAAUGAAAAGAAAUUUCUUUUUGCUACUCAUUUUAAAGAAAUUUUUCAUCUGUAUUUUUAUUGUGUUUCUACAAAUUAGAUUAGAGUUUUAAGUGUUAGGAAUAUUUGCUCUAAAUGCCUUAUAAACAGGCUAUAUGCUAUUUUUAAAUCCAUACUAAGAAAGAUUCUAUAGAUAUGUUUCAACUAUAACAUAUACUUUAAUGACUGCUAUUUAAGGAUGUAUACUUAUAUAUAGUCUCACUUUAAACACUAACACUUAAGUUAACAGUAUUAUAGCUGCUGAAAUUCUUAUAGCAGUGCUUAUGCUAUUUUUUUGUGGAGUAUGCAUAAUAGAGUUAUUUAGAAAUAUUCCCAUCAUAUUUAAGAUGAUAAAGAAAAUAUUCUAAAAUAAGAUAGAAAAUUAAGCUGACUAGUAAUAGAGAAUGAAAAAAGUAUAAAUGAAAGAUUACGAGAAAAGCUAUAAAAAUGAAUUAAUCUAAAAUUCUGUAGUUAAUCCUCUCGAAAAUGUAGGUAGUGAAGAUGAGGAAGUUGUUGAAGAAGAGUUAGGGCCGAAGCAUUUGAAAAAUUCAAGCGAAGAAGAUGAUGAAGACAAUGAAGAUGAUGACGAAAGUGAUGAUAGCAGUGAAAAUAAAAAUAAAGGAGAUAAAAGCGAAGAUGGUGAUGACGAAGAUGAAGAAGAAAGAAAUAAAAAGAAAUUUAACAGUUCCGACAUCCCUCUAACUUAAUUUAUGCUUAAUUAGAGGAGAUCGCUAUCAAGAAGUGGCAGCAUGCAAGCAGAUAGAUCAAGUUAGAUAUUGCAACAAUCAUCUAGUUUAGGAAAUUUUGGAUUAAAAAAUAAUGGAAAUAAUUAUUCAAUUAAAUUUAGACUUCCUCGUGCAGAAAGUUAGUUAGAGUAUUAAAUCACAAAUUAAAAGUUUACAGAAGUCCAAAAAAAUAUUAAUUAAAACCAAUCUUUAAAAGAUAAUACUAAAACCGAACUAUAACCUGAAAUAAACACUUUUGAAAGCAAAAAGAAACUGAAAAUGAAAGGCAUUAAACAAAGUGGAAACUUAAUUAACUCUUUAAAAGUUUUAUAACAAAGUGAUGGAUUCUUAAGAAAUAACUAAAUCUAAUAAUAAUAAUAGACACCAUAAAUUUAAAAUUCUUUGAAAAAGCUCCCAAAAGUUAAUGAAAAGAAAAAUAAAAUGCAAGGUCUUUUGAAAGGUUUAAACUUAGGCUAAGAUAAGAAGAAAUCAAAUGAGUAUGAUGAAACACCUAUGUUUUGA